AUGGCAAGCAACAAUGGAGACAGGCGAAACCCAACAGAGGUGCGCAUGAGCCAGAUGGUCCUACCAUGUCAUGCCAACCACCGUGGGCAACUCAGUACCGGGCAACUGCUGAAAUGGAUAGAUACUGCGGCCUGCCUGUCAGCUGAACGCCAUGCUGGCUGUCCCUGUGUCACUGCCUCUAUGGAUGACAUCUACUUUGAGCAUACCAUCAGCGUGGGACAAGUUGUUAACUUAAAGACAAAAGUGAACCGAGCUUUUAAUUCUAGUAUGGAGGUCGGAAUCCAAGUUACCUCAGAAGAUCUGUGUAGUGGUAAAGAGUGGAAAGUGUGUCAGGCAUUUGCCACAUUUGUAGCACAACCACAAGGCAAUGUAAAAGUGAAGCUGAAGCCUUUGACCCCGCUUACCGAAGAGGAGCAGCUGGAACACAGUAUUGCUGCUGAGAGACGCCGCAUGAGAUUGGUCCAUACUGACAACAUCAAGGACCUGUUGACCAGGAGCACCCUCCAAGACGAACACAGUCAAGAAAAGAAAAGAAUGGAGAGUUCCUGGCUCAGAAAACCCGUGUGGAGAGUGUGGAGCUGGUGUUGCCUCCUCAUGCCAACCAUCAGGGGAACACGUUUGGUGGGCAGAUAAUGGCCUGGAUGGAGAAUAUUGCCACAAUAGCUGCCAGCCGGCUUUGUCAUGCCCAUCCAACUCUGAAGGUAAUUGAGAUGUUCCAUUUUCGGGGACCCUCUCAGGUUGGCGACCGGCUGAUUCUAAAGGCUAUUGUGAAUAAUGCCUUCAAAGACAGUAUGGAGGUGGGGGUCUGCGUGGAGGCAUUUUGCCAUGAUGUCACUGUGCCUAGAAGACACAUAAACAGCGCUUUUAUGACGUUUGUGGUUCUGGAUGAAAAAUAACCAUCCUUGUAUUCUACCUCACAUCAAACCUGAACCUGGGGAUGGGGAAAGACGUUACCGGGAGGCAUAUGCACGCAGGAAGAUUAGACUGGAUCGUAAAUAUGUUAUAUCCUGUAACCAAUCAGAGGUGCCCCUGUCUGUUCCAUGGGAUCCAAGCAAUCAGGUUUACCUGAGUUACAACAAUGUUUCCGCUCUGAAAAUGUUGGUAUCUAAAACUGACUGGGUCCUAGCUACAGAAAUCAAUAAGGUUCAGCUGUACACCCUGGAAGAUAACACAUUUCUGUCCUUCAAAUUGGAUAUUAGGGUGACUGUCAAGGCCAAACAAACCUUCAACCUGCUUUCUGACCUAAGACGCAGGAAAGAGUGGGACCCCUACUAUAAAGAGUGCCAGCUGCUGCAACAAGUGAAUGAGGACGAUGCUAUUUAUCAUGUAAUCAGUACGGUGCGCAGUGCAGAAGGGAAGCUGCAAGACUAUGUCAUCCUGGCUUCACGGCGGCCACCCUGUGACACUGGGGACCCAUAUGUUGUGGCCUUUCGAUCUGUUUCUCUCCCUACACAUCCCCCCAUUGAUGAAUACUCCCGGGGUGAGACUCUUUGCUCUGGAUUUUGUAUAUGGUCAGAAGGAGACAAGACAAAGGUGUCUUACUAUAACCAGUUUACACCCGGCCUCGUCUCACAAGUAACAACCAACAUUGCUGGACUGUCCUCUGAUUUCGCCAGCACAUACCAAGCCUGCGAGAGGUUUCUGGUUGAGAACACUAAGGACUCUGAAAGAGAUGUCAACACACCCGAGCCAUAG